GGCCCCCUCCCUGCCCCCGGCCCCAGACCUGGACCCAGACCCGGACCCCGAGCCCGACCGGUUGCACACCCAGGAGGAGCAGUAUGUAAGCGAGGGCGAGUCCAGACAGCUUGACACACACCUGGCGGCGCCCGACUGCAGGGACGCCGAGACCAUCACAGAUGUGUGCAACAGUACUGACCUGCCAGAGUUUGAGAUCAUCAGUCUUCUAGAGGAGCAGCUGCCGGUGUACCGGUUGCGGGCUGACACCGUCUAUGGCUACGAUCACGAUGACUGGCUGCACACUCCCCUCGUUGCACCAGAGGCCAGGUUCGACCUGACCACUGAGCAGAUCGAAGAGACCCUCAAAUACUUCUUGCUAUGUGCAGACAGAGUGGGCCAGAUGACGAAGACCUACAAUGACAUAGAUGCUGUCACACGUCUGUUGGAGGAGAAAGAGAGAGAUUUGGAGUUAGCGGCAAGAAUUGGCCAGUCGCUUCUGAAGAAAAACAGAACUCUGACCCAGCAGAAUGACUAUCUGGAGGAACAAGUGGCACAAGUCACAGAGGAGGUGGCCCAGCUGCACCAUGAGCUGAACCUGAAGGAUGAGCUGCUACAGUUUUAUACCAACGCAACUGAGGAGAGUGAGGAUGAGACCGGCAGCCCCCCAACGGGUAAGAAAAGUAAAGUGGAAACAGCUACAGGAGGCUUCGUUAGGGACACGCUCCAGAGGAAACUCAAAGAUCUGGAGGAAGAGAACCUGUCGCUCCGCUCAGAGGCUAACCAUCUGAAGUCAGAGACUGAAACAUAUGAGGAAAAGGAGCAGCAGCUUGUAAAUGACUGUGUGAAAGAACUCAGGUUGUCCAGUCUCCAAAUCUCUGCCAUAGCGGAGGAAUUGGCUCGCAAGACUGAAGAUGCAUCCCGACAGCAGGAAGAGAUCACACACCUCCUCUCUCAGAUAGUAGAUCUGCAAAAGAAAGCCAAAUCUUAUGCGGUGGAGAAUGAGGAGCUUUCUCAACACCUGGUGGCAGCUAAAGAUGCCCAAAGGCAGCUUACAGCAGAGCUCCAGGAGUUGGAGGAGAAGUAUUCAGAGUGUAUAGAGAUGCUGCAUGAAGCUCAGGAGGAACUGAAGAACCUGAGGAACAGGAACUACCCUGCAGGAGCCCCUCGACGCUACCAUCCCCUGGGACUGUACCCAAUGGACUCUCUGGCUGCUGAGAUUGAGGGGACAAUGAGGAAGGAGUUGAGUCUGGAUGACCCCGAUUGUGAAGAACAGAAAAGCCAUCGGAAACGUGUGUUUGAGACGGUUAAGAAUGUCAACCAGACAGUCCGGCAGCGUUCUCUGACUCCAACCAACUCCAACAUCCCGGGCUCCAACCAGUCUCUGUCAGCUCGUACGUCUCCCCAGUCCAGCGGCCUCUCCACACCUCACUCCAGCAUGUACGGAGGUGACAUCAGCGGAGACAGUAUCGCUCUUGACAACCGAACACAGAGCAUCCUGAUGGAGACCGCAUCCAAUCAGGACAGCAGCACAGAGGGCCGAGAGAAGAAGGCCAGCGGAGCUGAAGACCUGCGGCUCGCCCUGCGCCGCCUGUCUCUGCGUCGACAAAACAACCUCAGCGAGCGACGCUUCUUUGAAGAGGAGAGAGAUCGGAGACGCGGAGGACAUGGAAGUCUACAUAAUGCCCUGGACCAGGAGAGUGUGAUGACUCCCUCGGAAAGCAUUAUGUCCCUUGGGAACCUCCAUAUUUGGGCUUCAAGAGGACCCUACCUCCCUGACAAGCUCCAGAUCGUCAAACCCCUUGAAGGCUCUGCCACCCUUCAUCACUGGCAGCAGUUAGCGCAGCCUCACCUCGGUGUGAUUCUGGACGCUAGGCCUGGAGUCGUGCCAAAGGGCUACAGGCCCCUGGAACUAGAGCUGGAUCAGGUAUAUCCAUGGGGUGGCUUUGAGGAGGAAGACCCAGGGGAGCAAUACUUCCAGAAUCUGCCCACCUCCUCGGCCUCUGCCUCACCAGCUGUGCCCUCCACCUCCAUCACCGGUGACACCACCCUAGGACAGCCUCCACCCAGCAUUGCUCUACCUUCUCCACCCUCUCCAUCCCCAUCGCCACAUCUCAGCAACACCGACGUCCUGGCUGCAUACUACCCAGGCAAAUGCAUGGCCCACACCAGCUCGACCUACACCUUCACAACCUGUCGGAUCCUCCACCCAACUGAUGAGCAGACGCGGGUCACACCAAGUCUUAACCCAGUCCCAGCGUCGUCCUCCUGUGUGAUGACCAGCACUUUGUUGGGCACUCCUGCCGCUACACCCUGCACACCCCGCAGGCUCAGUCUCAGGCCGUCCGAAUCCUCAACCAACCUCAGAGACGCAACACGCACAACCAGCACCUCCCUGGGGUUAGUGCGCCUUCUCCAGGAGAGAGGGAUUUCAGCAGCGAUGUAUCACCAGAGCCAGGGCCUGGAUCCCGGUCUGGGCAACGGAGGAGUCUUAUUCAGCACCUCCAUCGCCCCUAACCGAGCGCCUGACCCCCGACCCUCUACCCCUCCCAACUCGCCCACAGGACAGGGAGCUUCAGCCGUACCAACCUCCGCGGGCUUCGACUUCAAGAGCCCUUCCUACGACAACUUCCUGGCCUCCAAACCGGCCCGUUCCAUUCUGAAGGAAGUGACAGGGAGGAUGAGGGGACGGCAGAGAGGGAGGGAUUGCGAAAGCCAGACAGACGUUAGCGUGACCGUCCACAACCUCAACCUGCUUGACAAGGUGAAGCGUCUGGGUGUGGCUGGAGCUCCAGGGGGCAGAGCAGUGAGUCCCAGCCCUAUCCUGGGGCCUCUGGGAGGGCUGCGCAGGUCUGGCUCUCCUUUUGGGCCCGAUGGAAUGAGGAGGAACCGGAGUUAUCCAGCCAUGGUUGGGGCCAGCAUGGCCAUGAAAGCCCCGGGGCCCCAGGAGUAGUCUGGACUGCUGCUGGCCGUUAGUGUAGCCAAGUAGGAGCCAGGCAGGGCCAAGGACUGGCUGUGGAGCAGUCACCUGGAGCCCAAACACUGACGUCUGACUCUGUUCAUACUGUACAUUGUGGCACUGCUGACCAGUUUCUAAUCACUACUGUGUCCACGUGGACACUAUCCACUCUGUAGUUCUUUUAGGUGGUGACACUUAAAGGGUCGGUUCCCCCAAAAUCCAAAAAACUUCUCUGGAUUGUAGUCAUGCAGAUAUCUUUGGUUUUAUGCGCCCAUAUUAUGAGAUCUCUCUCAAAUGCCUCAAAGGUUUCUAACUCCAAUGAAAGGUCAUUUUUUUUCACAGCACUGAACAAUUACAUUUAAAAACUGUCUUUCCAGAAAGUGUCCCUGUUACUCUGGAUAAUCCACAGACCUCACUGUAAACCGUUUUCAUUAGAAUUACUUUCUACCGAUUAAAGUUAAUCAUUUUAGGAAA